AUGGUUCGAAUUGCUAUAUUGGGAUGUGGGACAAUGGGUUUAAAGAUUGCAGGCAAUUUUGCCUAUUAUGGUCAUAUAAUAAAGAUUUUUGAUAGUGAUUUAAAACAACUGGAUAGUGCAUGUGACCGUAUACAUCAUGAUGAAGAUCAAUUAUAUCGUGAUGGUCUUAUAGAAAUGCCGAAAUUUUUAGGUCAAAUCUUAUGUUUAAAUCGACUUGAAGAUGCUGUUAAAGAUGUUGAGUUUAUAUUUGAAUGUAUUAUUGAAAAUAUCGAACUUAAACAAGCUUUAAUUGAAAAGGCUGCUCAAUUUGCUCCAGCUGGUGUUAUCAUAUGUUCAAAUACAAUGAGGUUAGAUUUAGACAAAAUAUCAGAAAAUCUAUCUCAUAAAGAAAAUUUCGUUGGUGCACGUUUUCUUUUUCCAGUUUAUUAUGUGCCUGAAGUUGAACUUAAUCCAUCAAACUCAACUAGUACACAAACAAUUGGUGCCUUAAGAAAAUUACUUGAAGAAAUGGAUAAAGUUCUUUAUUUUCGUUCAUCAUCUGAUCCAUUAAUACUCGAUGAAGAACAACGAGAAGUUCGACGAAAAGCUCGUGUUGAAUCAUUGAAAAAAAGUAGUGGUAUAAUGGUUGUCCGUGGUCGAACAUUACCUGAAUUAACAUCAUCGAAUAGAAUUAGUCAUGGUGGAGCUCGCAGUGAUUUAAUUGAUCAUGGAAAUAAUGCAAGUAAUAAUUCAUUAUCAAAUGAGAAUGUUGAUUGUUCAAUUUGUAUGGAUCGUCCACGAAAUUCUGUUAUUCGUUCAUGCAAUCAUUUUGUAACAUGUUAUGAAUGUGCACGUUUAUUAUAUAAUAGAAAAGAUCCAUGUCCUGUUUGUCGUAAACGUAUCGACGAUGUUAUUCGUGUUUAUACGUAG